AUGUCGUUCAAUCAACCCGUGUGCAAUUUCAGCCAAAACACAGUCAAGGUGUCUAAGAUCAAAUGGACACAACAAGAAGAUGAAUUAUUAACAUCAGUUGUUAGCAAAUUCGGUGCCUCUCGUUGGGACUUUAUCGCUACACACAUACCAGGAAGAAACGGACGUCAAUGCAGAGAGAGAUAUAUCUCUGUCCUCACACCAAGCGUGUGCAAAGACGCAUGGACAGCUGCAGAAGAUGAAACUCUUCUUCGUCUCCAGAAACAAAUCGGCAACCAUUGGUCCCUCAUCUCAAAGAGUCUUCCAGGACGUACAGCCAUCAUGGCAAAGAACAGAUACAGAUUACUAUGCAGACAUGAAACUAUGUAUGGACGUAAUUCAAAGCAAGUAAUCUUUCAAAACAGUAUUAAGCCAAAAAAUGAAGUGAUUGAAAAUACGAUUUUAUCACCACCAUCAAUCAUUUCAUCACCAUUGAAUCAACAACCUCAAACUCCAACUAAGUUACAUUCUCAUGGUCAUGAAAUGACUAUUCCACCAUUAAUUCUUCAAUCACAAAGCAGAAAUUUUCCAGCACUGGGCAUCAAGUCUCUAAUUGAUGAAGAAUCCUUAUUCCAUUAUACAGACCUUGAUGUCUCUGUAUUUUAA